UGUACGGAAUAUUCAUAGGCGCCCACAUUCCGCCCACGUUGCUGCAGUGCCACGACCCUGACGAGCUCUAGAAUCCUUCCGAUAAUCUUCCGACUCCAAGGUUGGGGGCCAGCUUGCCUCUUCCUGGAGCGCCGAUAGGAUUGCAAUCCGAGCUUCCAUAGCAGAACCAACGAACGCACCCUGAGAAUGCUUGUCUAGCUUCUCCGUGACACGUAUCUCGCGCAUUUUAGCGGUAAUCGUACCUAGCCCCUGCGGCGGGGAUGCCAGUCAUCAAGAAUUCUCUCGACGAAAAUUACGACAUAAAAUCAAUUCGUCUCUGAAUUCCCGAAAUUGUGCGCCGACCACAUAUUCAUUAUACCCAGUGUCGAUUUGAAAAUGCGGCCGACGUUGUGGUGGACGGUUGCCGUGCUUGCGUCGCCGACUGAAGGAAAGGCGUCGGGCGCCGCCAGCUUCAAUUCCAACCCGUUUACGGUGCUGGCGAAGAAUGGAAUCGCUUCUGACCGCCUAAACGACCUCUCCUCGGGUCUCCGGGCCCAGGAGGAGUGUCAUUGCUCACUUGCGUGUGAUGUCCUCGUCAGCGCGCUGGGCAGCGACGGCGUCGGCACCCCCGGUCAGGCAUCCUACGACGCCGCGCGCGCCCGGUUCUGGUCAAACCAGCAGUCGUUAGAGACGAAGCCCGCGUGUUUCGUCUUCCCGGCCGACGCGGAAGAGGUGUCGAUCGUCGUCCAGCUAGCCCGCGCCACGGAGUGCUCGUUCGCAGUCAAAGGCGGCGGCCACACCGCCUUCAAGGCCUCUUCCGGCAGCCACGGCGGCAUCUCCAUCGACUUCGUCCGCAUGAAGCAGAUCACCCUGAGCGCCGACCGGAAGUCCGUAGCCAUCGAGCCCGGAAACAUUUGGUAUGACGUCUACACGACUCUGGAGAAGUCGAACCUAGCGAUGGCCGGCGGGCGCGCGGCUACGGUCGGCGUCAGCGGGUUGGCGUUGAGCGGUGGCAUUUCAUUCUUCAGCGGCCAGCGCGGGUGGACGUGCGACAAUAUCGCCAGCUACGAGGUAGUUCUCGCGUCGGGCGAGAUCAUUAACGUCGACUCGGAGACAAACGCAGACCUGUACUGGGCCCUGCGCGGUGGCGGCGGGAAUUUCGGCAUCGUCACCAAGUUCGUCGCGGACACCUUCGAUCAGGGGCCGAUGUGGGGCGGGUUCCUAUCGUGGGAGAUGCACAGCUCCAAGGUCGCUCUCAUCGACGUCAUGAUCGACUACCUGGCAAAGGGUGCGAAGGACCCUAAGGCAGCGCUCAUCGUGUCGUUCGCCUACGCCCAAAUUUACCAGAUGUGGCUGUCGACGAUCAUCGUCGACUACUCCGAGCCACAGCCGAGCGGCGGCCACCCCGCCGUCUUCGACCGCUUCUUCGGCGUCGAUAACCUGCUCCGGGACACGACGAGGACCACGCUGCUGUCGAACCUGACGCUCGAGAUCGCGGAGGCUACCCCGGCUGGCUCGCGGCAGAGCUACUGGACGCUCACGACGCGCGUCGACCGGCAGCUAGCGAUCGACAUGCUGACGGCGUUCCACGAAGAGAUCGAGCCACUCCAGGACGUGAAGGGCUUCCUGCCGUCGUUCAUCUUCCAGCUUGUGACGGAGCCGCAGCGCGCGGAGAUGCUGCGGCGCGGCGGCAACGCGCUCGGCCUCGGCGCCGCCGCCGGGGAGCCCCUCCUGCUCAUGAACUACGCCAUCAUGUGGGCCGACGCGGCCGACGACGUGGCAGUGCUCUCCGCCACCGCGCGUGCCGUUGCCCGCGCCCGCGCCCGCGCGCAGGAGCGCGGCGUCGACCACCCCUUCCUCUACGCCAACUACGCCAGCGAGUACCAGGACCCGAUACCAGGCUACGGCGCAGCCAACGUCGCCCGGCUACGCGAGGUCUCGCGCAAGUACGACCCCGAGGGCGUGUUCGCCAGGUUGCACCCCGGACACUUCAAGUUCGAAGGCCCGCCGAGACAACCAUGGUGGUGAGAUCGAUUUGCCGAGCCCCCCUCCCUAUCUUACGAGAAGGGCGGCCCUGGAUUAAUAGGUAUCGUUGAUAUAAGUACAAGCUAUUAAUGCCACG